AUGAUUCACGAACCCUGUACCACAGAAGCUGAAGUGCCACUCAAAGCGCUAAUGGUCAAGUCGCAUUAUAUUCUUCCCUCAGACGACUCUGAGAUUACCAGACUUAAUCUGCAAAAUCAGCUACUGACACGCGAAGUUUGCGACGGAAAGCUCAUUUUUGCGCCAGCGGAGGUCGAACACGGUGACCAAGUACUUGAGAGCGGUACAGGGACUGGGAUCUGGCUCCUUUCUCUAGCUGACACUAUCCCGCCGACUAUUUCUUUCAUCGGCAUCGAUAUACACACACGUCUUUUCCCCCAGGAAUUUCCGUCUAAUGUAUCGUUUCUCCAACGUUCCAUUACCAACCUCCCAGCUGAAUGGACGGAGCGGUUCAAGAUAGUCAAUCAGCGUCUGUUGAUUGGGGGUCUGACAAGAAAGGAGUGGAAGAAGGCCAUUCAGGAAAUUCAUCGAGUGUUGGUUCCAGGUGGCUGGUUCCAGUGUAUCGAGCCGAAUAUACCCUUGAAGACGAAUAUUGGCCCUCAUACGGAACGAAUGUUUGCAGCCGUACGGGAUCUCCUCGCGAAGAAUGGACUGGUGCACGAUAUCGUAGAGGUCCUUGGCCGUAAACUGUCUAAAACAGGAUUUACGAAUGUGCAGACACAUACCGUCUCCCUUUCGGCCCACAGACACGAAGAGGAAUUUAAUCACAGGACGCUCAUGGAAUGGUUCUUCCUUGCCUUGAAACCUGGAAUGCUUGCGCAAAAACUAUUACAAUCUGAAGAGGAGUUCGGGGAGCUUAUGCAGAGCAUGUUGAAAGAAUGGGACGAAUCACCACAAGUAGCCUGGAGCUGGUCUGUCGUAUAUGCUCAGAAGAGAGAGAAUAACGUGGGAAUGGCGAAAUUUUGUAUUUACAUGUAA